AGAAAAGAAAAGAAUUGUAAAAAAUGGCUAGUAUUUCUGGUACAAUGAUUAGCACUUCUUUCCUUCCAAGAAAGCCAGCUGUGACUAGCCUCAAAGCCAUAUCAAAUGUUGGUGAAGCUUUGUUUGGUCUUAAAUCUGGUAGAAAUGGGAGGAUUACUUGCAUGGCCAGUUACAAAGUGAAGCUUAUUACACCAGAAGGACCUAUUGAAUUUGAAUGCCCAGAUGAUGUUUACAUUCUUGACCAAGCUGAGGAAGAAGGACAUGACCUUCCUUACUCAUGCAGGGCUGGUUCUUGCUCAUCUUGUGCUGGAAAAGUUACUGCUGGAAGUGUUGAUCAGUCUGAUGGAAACUUCCUUGAUGAGGACCAAGAAGCUGCUGGAUUUGUGCUUACUUGUGUUGCUUACCCAAAGGGUGAUGUUACCAUUGAGACUCACAAGGAGGAGGAGCUUACUGCUUAAAUUACAACCAUUUCCAUUUUAAUAAAAAACAACACUUCAUUUUGUUUCAUGAGCAUUUACUUUUCACAUUUUCCCUCUAUUGUUAUCACAAAAGUUGCUAUCUAGUUAUUUGUGAC